UCAAAACUUUCCUUCUUAAGUAGUACAGUAGAACUAAGGAGGAGGUUACACAAGAAAGAACCAAAGAAUAUGACAGCAGACAAAGUGUAAGAUAAUGUUAUCCCGGAUUUACAUACUUAUUUUCUGUUUGUUUGAAUGCAAGAAAAAGUCGAAUUUAUUUUUAGUGUCCUUAGCGAAGUCUAAGUGCUCUACCCAAACGAACCUAUACGCAAAUUGUUUGAAAGUCGACACAGAAAAAUAAUUAUGUUUGUAAAAUCUCUGGUGUAAUGUAAUUACUGUAACAUAUUUUCCUUCGAUGGGGAGUAAAGGCCAAUCAGAACGGGUCCUGUAGGGAAAACAAACGCCGGGAUUGGCUCAGACGCGGCAUCGGUUUCAAGGCGCCCUGCGUUCUGUCGGGAGGGUGAGGGGGCUCUUGUGAAUGGAGGGGGCGCCUGGAAACCGGUGGAAUCUGCACGGAGUGAGGAGAGCGAGCCUCUGGACUUCCAACCGCUCAGCAUGUGAACCGACGCGCCGCACGAAGUCAAGUCGAAAAGAAAAAAAAACCAAUGGAAAUAUAAUCCGUUUUUAUUGUUUUUAAUGUUUCUCGUUUUGCGUUGAGUAACAACGCGCUGGAAUAAUUUCGGGGUUUGCUUUACUUAGAGAAAAUUGGACUUUUGAGUGUUAUUUUCUCCGCAUUGAGAAUGAGAGUGGACUGCUUGGAGUCACUUACAAAGACCAUCAAGAAGUCAUGACACGACGAACGUUUCACUUGGAUUUAUCUUCGUAAAAUACGAGAAAAGUCGACUGCGGAUAUUUCAACUUGAAUUAAUUGGCCUACACGCUAAGUAUCGGGACAGUUGCUGCAGAUUUUCUUCGCUUUUCAGCUGUUUUUAAGUCGUCCUACUUGGAUCAAAGUUUUUCCUUCCCUCCCCCCCUCCUCCUCAACUAUGGCGGCGGCCAGGUCCACCACUGGCUCCGUUUUGCUGCGGAUCAUGUGGCUGGUGUGCGGGCUGUACUUCUCACCCACUUCUGCUCAACAUUACAACAGUGAGAGUGGAAUAUCCGUCCCAGAACACGGGUUUUGCCAACCCAUCUCCAUCCCGCUUUGCACCGACAUCGCCUACAACCAGACCAUCAUGCCGAACCUCCUGGGCCACACGAACCAAGAGGACGCCGGACUUGAGGUGCACCAGUUCUACCCGCUGGUAAAGGUGCAGUGCUCGGCGGAUCUAAAGUUCUUCCUCUGCUCCAUGUAUGCGCCGGUAUGCACCGUGCUGGAGCAGGCCAUCCCCCCUUGUCGGUCUCUGUGUGAGCGUGCACGACAGGGAUGUGAAGCCCUGAUGAAUAAAUUCGGCUUCCAGUGGCCGGAGCGACUCCGCUGCGAGGCUUUCCCCGUCCACGGAGCCGGCGAGAUCUGUGUCGGCCAGAACACAUCCGAACCCGGCAGCCCGGCCUCCUCGUCUUCCCCCUACGAACCCGGACCGGUGACCCUCCCCCCAAACAUUGGCCGGCCGAACCAACGCCCGCCCCAACACAACCAGCACCACCAGUUCUCCUGCCCUCUGCAGCUGGAGGUACCUUCCUAUCUGGGUUACCGCUUCAUGGGGGUCAAAGACUGCGGGGCCCCGUGUGAGCCCAAUAAACCGACCGGGAUCAUGUAUUUCCGGGAGGAUGAGGUGAAAUUCGGUCGGCUGUGGGUUGGCAUAUGGUCCAUCCUGUGCUGUGUGAGCACCCUAUUCACGGUGCUCACUUAUUUAGUGGACAUGAGAAGGUUCAGGUACCCCGAGAGGCCCAUCAUCUUCUUAUCCGGCUGUUACUUCAUGGUGGCGGUGGCCUACGCUGCUGGAUUUUUCCUCGAGGAUAAAGUAGUUUGUGUGGAUAAAUUCAAGGAGGACGGCUACAGGACCGUGGCCCAGGGGACUAAAAAGGAGGGCUGCACCAUCCUCUUCAUGGUGCUGUACUUUUUUGGCAUGGCCAGCUCCAUCUGGUGGGUGAUUUUGUCCCUGACUUGGUUCCUCUCUGCCGGGAUGAAAUGGGGCCAUGAGGCGAUUGAAGCCAACUCCCAGUACUUCCACCUGGCCGCAUGGGCUGUCCCGGCCAUCAAAACCAUCACCAUCCUCGCCAUGGGCCAGGUGGACGGCGACGUCCUGACCGGGGUGUGUUUCGUGGGGAUCUUCAACGUGGACGCCCUCCGCGGGUUCGUCCUGGCCCCGCUGUUCGUCUACCUGUUCAUCGGCACGUCCUUCCUCCUGGCCGGCUUCGUGUCCCUGUUCCGGAUCCGCACGAUCAUGAAGCACGACGGCACCAAGACGGAGAAGCUGGAGAAAUUGAUGGUGCGGAUCGGUGUGUUCAGCGUGCUCUACACGGUACCGGCCACUAUAGUGAUCGCCUGUUACUUCUACGAGCAGGCCUUCAGGGAGCACUGGGAGCGGACCUGGCACAUGCAGACCUGUAAGCGCUUCGCCGUACCCUGUCCGGUACACAACUUCGCCCCCAUGACCCCGGACUUCACCGUGUUCAUGAUCAAAUACCUGAUGACCAUGAUAGUCGGGAUCACCUCGGGUUUCUGGGUCUGGUCCGGGAAGACGCUCCAAUCAUGGCGGAGGUUCUACAAACGCCUUAGCAACGGUAACCACGGAGAGACAACAGUGUAAAGUUGGAGGAUGAAAAGGCAACAAAGCCACGGAGUUUUUGGAUCUAACAACCACGAAAAAGAGGUCAAAUAGCUUUCAUUUUUUUAAAUGCUACUUUUUGGACACAUUUUUGAUCGGAUUUUUGUGUUUUCAGGGUUGUGACAGCAACUCAGGCUUUUGAACACAACCAAACAUUGAUCUAUAUUCGGUAGAAGUUGGAUGAAUUUUCUGUAUAUUUUCUUUUUGUUCUCUUUUGUUUCUGUCAUCAUCAGUCAACCCCCACUUCUGGCAUUUGCAUCUUUUUGGAAUAUAAACCGGUGUAAAUUGCCACACUGGUCCCUGAACUGUAACACAAGGCCGGUGAAGUUACCUUUAAUAUGAAAUUCCCUACUUAUUAUCGAUUAUAUCCUUAAUAUUACAGUUUGAAUGUACCUCUUGUCUACUCUGGUGAGAGUUUCUCAGUGGAAAACAGCUCAACAGAAAAGACUGAUGGGUAAUGCAGUGUGCUUAAUCUGUCCAUGCUGCAGCAAAAAAGGUCAUGGGUUUGAUCCCUACAGCAGCCACACCCUCUGACUGUGAUUUCAUUGUUUAGAGAAGCUGGGACUAUACAUGUAAGUUUAUGUUACUCUGCUUUUAGUUGAAAGACUGAAAUGCUUUAAUACUGUGUUAAAUAUUGCAGAGUACAAUCUUGCCUGUUUUAAUCCGAGGAAUAACGUAUCAACUCUGCCGUCAUGUGCCAAGUGGCUGCCCAGAAAUCAAAACUAUUUUUCCCCAUUUUUAAAAACUUUUUGUUUUUCAGACUGAUGAAUAUUUGCUCCUGUAUUGAAUGUUCACUCCGAAGGUGAAUGAAGUUUUGUAUUGGUUUGCACAGCUAUCCUAAAGGUUACAAGUGUUUUAAAAUGUCUGAUCCACCAUAACAUGACCUGGAUCUAACAGUUAAAAGAGACCACACACACACACACACACUCACCGGCCUCCACUCUCCGUAAUGGAGACACAACAGCUCAUUGUUUGUCUCCGUGUGUGGUCUCUCAACUGUUGGAUCUCCCAUCAAAAACACUAAGCUUUUAAGACACCCAAAGCACCAUUUCAAAGAUCCAGAUUUAAUCCGUGGAGGUGGAAAUGGCUGCUCAGGAUUUCUAAUGUUAUUUUAUCCUGGAUAAAGAUGACUGUACACAUUGACACCUGUUUUCUGCCCACUGUUAUGGAAUCUGCCUUAGUCCUGUAUAGUUUUACUCAGUGUUAAAAUGGUUUCCACAAACAGACUGAACAUUUUUAAAGAAAGAGUUUUUAAAGAAUUAUAGUUUUAGUGUCUACCUUACAAAAGCCUUCAGAACACAUUUAUUUUCUCUUUAUGUAGGAACCAGAUUUACCCUGUUGUAGCAAACACUAAGAAGGAGGUCAAAGGUCACAAGCAUGUAGGAAUUUUUUUUUUCUUUGAGAGAGUGCAGUGGAGACAGACUGUGCAGCAGAGGUGGAGUCUUUUUACCCGGGACAGAAUCAGUGGAGAUAAUGUAACAGUAUUGGUGAGAUUAAACAUUCAAUCUACUUCACUAGUUCAUAAAAAAUAUUUUCAAAAAUUCAUUUCUUUUGAUAGAAUUGCAGGAAACCUGUCAACUAAAUGCUCUUACCAUUAAAAUAACAUAACCCACCACUGUGUUUCAGAAAAAAUUGAGUCGUGGAAACUCAAGAGUUUUAAUUCAAGUCAGGGAAAAAGUUACUGGCAGUAAUUUAGUCUCACUAUUAAAUACAGUACAUUAGCUAUUUGAGCUGGUUUAUUUGUCUCAAGUAUAAAAUAAGAAAGAGUUUGGAAACCUGAGCAGAAAAAGCAUGUUUUUAUCUAGACUGAGUCAUCUGCAAAGCAGCAUACGAUCAGCAGAAGCUUUUGUUUCUUGUGGUAUACCACAUUUUCUCUACAUACAUCACAUAACGAUGUUAACACCCUGCAGCAAUGAGGGAAAACUGACAGCAGUAUGACCAUAUACCUGGUGCUGUAGUCAUUUUUAAUCUCUAAAACUGUGCUCCCACAUCCACACAUGCUAAUACUAGAAUAGACUACGUGCCAAUCCUCAUAAAACAGUCUGUAUACAAAAAAAACAUCACAUCUCCCAUGUGAACGUACUACAUACCUCAAACCCUGGUUAAAAUUAGCAUGUGGGAUGGAGCACUUCAUAUGAAUCAUCUCUCAUCCAUCGUGCUCUUACCGAACAAGGCAAAAACAUUUUGUGAGCUGAGAUCUGCCAAUGUCAAUGAUACCAGGCCAACCUGUUUGUCUUGUACCGAGUUUUCAGAAGGAAUAUGAGAGUGUUUGUGUGUAUUUUUUUUUAUCAGAGCAUAUGCAACCUACCAAGUAAACACAGACUGUUUUUUAAAAGGCAUAUUGUAUUUAUGGGGAUACUCUUUUUUUGUCUUUUUUACUUGUUUUUUUAAUCAGGAUAAGCCUGUUGUACGUGUACAGUUUGAAUAAAAACGAUAAGGUUUGUA